AUGAGCUGGGACACUGAACCUCGAGCGGGACAAAGUCAAAGUUCAGACGGAUAUACGAGUCGCAGGGGAUCUUUGGCCGAGAUGCAGGGUCUGAGUUCACGGGCUCACGCGUUUUCUGUGGAGGCGCUGGUCGGGAAACCCUGCAAGAGGAUGAAAGUGUCGGAAGGGCAAGAGUCAAGUUCAGCUGGAGACACCGGCCGCGAGACGAGCAUCCUCACCGGUCUUAACGAAUAUCCAGUCAGCCAGAUGAAGAAAGCAGGUUCAACACCGAGGGGGCCAGAGGACAAGUCCUGCGAGCCGGACAGAUCAGGGGCAGAGGAGGCUGAGCCCAGCGCAGAGGAGAGCAAGCCGAAGGAGAGCGACUGCCGAACGGACAGAGGGGUCCGGGUCGAGCUGCAGGGCUCCGAGCUCUGGAAGAGAUUUUAUGAGAUCGGAACCGAGAUGAUCAUCACCAAAGCCGGCAGGAGAAUGUUUCCCUCUGUGCGCGUCAAAGUGCGCAAUUUGGACCCGUGCCAGCAGUACUACAUCGCAAUGGACGUCAUGCCAGUGGACUCAAAACGCUACAGGUAUGUGUACCACAGCUCGCAAUGGAUGGUGGCUGGAAACACGGAUCACUCCUGCAUCUCUCCCAGGCUCUACGUGCACCCGGACUCGCCGUGCGCAGGAGAGACGUGGAUGCGUCAGGUGAUCAGCUUUGACCGGGUCAAACUCACCAACAACGAGAUGGACGAUAAGGGACAUAUUAUUCUGCAGUCGAUGCAUAAAUACAAGCCACGUGUGCACGUCAUCCGGCACGACCCUCGCAUGGACUUAUCCCAGAUCCAGUCGCUGCCUGCUGAAGGAGUGCACAGCUUCUCCUUCCCCGAGACGGAGUUCACCACAGUCACAGCCUAUCAGAACCAGCAGAUCACAAAACUGAAGAUCGACAGGAACCCCUUCGCCAAGGGCUUCAGAGAUCCAGGAAGGAAUAGGGGAGUGCUGGACGGCUUGUUGGAGUCGUAUCCCUGGAGAGGUCCUCUCAGCUUAGACUUCAAGCCAUUCACCAUCCAGCUCCAAGGGAGCUCGGGGUCGCCAACCAGCAGUGUGAAGACUCUUCUCCCCCUGUCCUCGUCUUCAUCCCUUCACCCGUUUUCCGUCUCCGCGCUCUCCUGCCAGGACGCUGCCCUCCACACCCUCGCUCUUCCUCUUUACGGCAAGACCUCCACUGCCUCACCCUCCUCCCCGCUGCCCAGCAGGGCCUUCUCCUCCCUGGGAGCAGACAGACUGAGAGGCCUGCCCCCGCUGUCUCCACUAACAGACCUCCCGCUCCUCUCAGCGCUGCAGGCGAAGAAACCUCCCCACUGUAGGGACCCAUGUCUUCACGGGUCUCCUGGGAGCUCCCCUUGCCUCUUCCCCCUCCACAGCCCCCUCAGCCCUCAGGGGCCUUCUCUGCUCCCUCAUCUCUCUGACACUGCAGGCCCCUACUGUCUUUACCGCUACAGCUUCCCCCUGAACCCCCAACUCACAGCUAUUUCCCGGCACGCCAAACUCGCCGAAGACACCACAGACUGUUUGCUGCGCCAGUCUCCGUGGCACCCGACCACCAACCACUGCCUCUGA